UGGAUAUCGAGAUAAUCUUUCACAUCUAAAAAUAUAUUGUGAAAUACUAUAUUAUAUACAUUGACAAAAUUGAAAAAUCUAAUAACUAAAUUAAAUCUUAAAAAUGGUGUUCAAGUGUCAAGAAGAUAGUUUCUUGCAAGAAUUCACAUCCAAAGUAUUAUCGUGUGAAAAGUCUGUUGCUACUCUAGUAAUCGAUGGCAAUAAACAGAAAAUUGAAGGUUACGAUGUUAUCAUGGAAGAUACAAUCCUGUUUCCCGAAGGAGGUGGACAGCCUUAUGACACUGGUUUCAUAAAUGAUGUAGAAGUAUUACAAGUUGUGAGAAAGGGAAGCAAAGCAAUACAUUUUGUUAAAACACCUGUAGAAGUCAACUCCAAUGCACUCCAGAAAGUUAAUUGGGAGCGAAGACUUGAUCAUAUGCAACAGCAUUCAGGACAACAUUUACUAUCAGCUGUCUUAGAAACCAAAUUUGGGUAUAGUACUCUAGCUUGGUGGCUCGGGGAGAAUGUUGCAUAUAUUGAGUUAGAUACAAAACAAGUGACUGAAGAUCAAAAAAAUGAAGUGGAAGCAAUUUUAAAUAAAUAUAUACGUGAAAAUUUAGCAGUAAAAGUUUUAGUUUAUGAGAAAGAUGAUCCUAGAAUAAAUGAUGCUACAAGAAAUGGGAAAACAUUGCCAGCAGAUCAUGAAGGAGCAGUCCGUUUGAUUGAAAUUGCUGGUGUUGAUCUAAAUCCUUGUUGUGGAACACACGUUUCUGCAUUAGGACAAUUGCAAGCUAUAAAAUUAUUAGGAGCUGAGAAAGGCAAACAAGGCCGCGUAAAUUUAAAUUUCUUAGUUGGAGGAAGAGUUUUAAAAUACUUACAAAACUGUUUAGAAAGAGAAAAUUCAAUGACUGAGAUUUUAAAAGGUGGACCAAGAAGUCAUCCAGAUCUUGCUCAGAAAUUGCUGACAUCACAAAAAACUGCUUCUAAAAAUUUAAAUGCAUGUUUGAAGUACAUAGCCAAAUUAGAAGCUGAGAAAUUACUUGCUGCAACACCAAGGCCUAAAUAUUAUUCUUUGCAUAAUUCUGAAGCUGCCGAUUUUCCUGAUUUCAUGAACUGUUUUAUUAAAGAAGUGAAUUCAACAGAUAUUUUAUUACUUUUAACAGUCGGUUGUGAUAAAGGUGCAGGCAAUAUGGUUCUUUUCGGUCCAGAAGAGUUAGUAAUGGAACUUGGGCCUAAGAUAUGUGAACUUUUAAAUGGGAAAGGAGCUGGUAAAGGUAACAAAUAUCAGGCGAAAGUUAAUAAUUUGAAAAAUAGACAGACAUGUUUAAAUCUAAUUGCAUCUAAAUUUGAAGUAUAGAUUCAGAAUAUUAUUUGUAUUUUGUU